AUGGGUAUCAAGCAGCUUUUUCAGAUCAUCAAGGAGGAAGCUCCCGAUGCUAUCAAGGAAGGUGAAAUCAAGAACCAUUUUGGUCGCAAAGUUGCCAUUGAUGCGUCGAUGAGCAUCUACAGCUUCCUCAUCGCCGUGCGCUCCGACGGCCAGCAGCUCAUGAACGACACAGGCGAGACGACGUCGCAUCUCAUGGGCAUGUUUUACCGCACGCUGCGUAUGGUGGACAACGGAAUCAAGCCUCUGUACGUGUUUGACGGGGCGCCGCCCAAGCUCAAGUCGGGGGAAUUAGCCAAGCGCUUCCAGCGCAAGCAGACGGCGCAGGAGGGCCUGGAGGAGGCCAAGGAGACGGGUACGGCCGAGGACGUAGAGAAGUUCUCGCGCCGGACCGUCCGCGUCACACGCGAGCACAAUGCCGAGUGCCAGCGUCUGCUAAAGCUCAUGGGCAUCCCCUACAUCAUCGCGCCGACCGAGGCCGAGGCGCAGUGCGCAGUGUUGGCCAAGGCGGGCAAGGUGUAUGCAGCGGCGAGCGAGGACAUGGACACGCUGUGCUUUGACUCGCCGAUUCUGCUGCGGCACCUGACGUUUAGCGAGCAGCGCAAGGAGCCGAUCCAGGAGAUUCACCUGGACAAGGUGCUCGAGGGGCUCAACAUGAAGAGAAAACAGUUCGUCGAUCUCUGCAUCCUGCUCGGCUGUGAUUACCUCGACCCCAUCCCGAAAGUCGGCCCUACGACUGCCCUCAAGCUCAUACGCGAACACGGUAGCCUUGAAAAGGUGGUCGAGGCCAUGGAGAGCGACUCCAAGAAAAAGUACACCAUCCCCGAGGACUGGCCGUACAAGGACGCGCGCGACCUCUUCUUCGAGCCCGACGUACGGCCCGCUGACGACCCGCUGUGCGACGUCAAAUGGGACAAGCCCGACAUGGAUGGACUGGUGCAGUUCCUGGUGGCGGAGAAGGGCUUCUCCGAGGACCGCGUGCGCAGCGGCGGCGCGCGUCUGGAGAAGAACCUCAAGAGCUCGCAGCAGGCGCGCCUCGAGGGCUUCUUCAAGGUGAUGCCCAAGACGGAGGCGGAGAAGGCGGCGCACAAGCGCAAGCUGGACGAGAAGAAUGAGGAGAAGAAGAAGAAGCAGAAGCAGGAGAAGAAGGACAAGGCGGCGAUUAAAGGCAAGCCGCGGGGAGCGUGA